AUGGGCUCCACCAACCCCAAACCCAAAGUCCUCUUGAUUGGAAAAAUCGACCAACCACCCACUUCCAGCGCAUACGCGACCUGGACCGGAUUAAGCGACAUCGCCGAACUCCUCGAAACGACCGCCACCAACCGCGAGGAAUUCAUCCAAGAGUGUCGUGCGGGGAAAUAUGAGGGUGUGGUCGCUAUCUACCGCACGCUAGGGUCGAUCAACCUCACGGGCAACUUCGACCAGGAGAUCAUCGACGUGCUCCCGAGGUCUCUGGUGUGGAUUGCUCAUUGCGGAGCGGGCUACGACCAAAUCUCCAUCCCAGCCUGCAGCGCGCGCACCCCGCACCCUAUCCGCGUGUCCAACGUGCCCACUGCCCCCGACAACGCGACCGCCGAUGUGAACAUGUUCCUGAUCCUAGGUGCACUCCGCAACUUCAACGCGGGGAUGCAGAACCUUCGACGCUCGGAGUUUCGCGGAGUGGCCGGCACGACGCUGCCGGGGCUGGGCCACGACCCGCAGGGCAAGACGCUGGGGAUCCUGGGAAUGGGCGGGAUUGGACGCAACCUGAAGCGCAAGGCGGAGGCGUUCGGGAUGCAGGUCAUCUACCACAAUCGAAGAGCCCUCUCCGCCGAGAUGGCCGACGGGGCUGAGUAUGUGAGCUUCGAGGAGUUGCUGGCGCGGAGUGAUGUGCUCUCGCUGAAUCUGCCGCUGAAUCCCAAGACGAGGCAUAUCAUUAGCCAUGCCGAGUUCGCGAAGAUGAAGGAUGGGGUGGUGGUGGUGAAUACGGCGCGCGGGGCGGUUAUGGAUGAAGAGGCCCUGGUGCAGGCGUUGGACUCCGGGAAGGUGUUUUCGGCUGGGUUGGAUGUCUUUGAGGAGGAGCCCAAGGUGCAUCCCGGUCUGUUGCGGAAUCCGAACUGUGUGCUGGUGCCGCAUAUGGGGACUUGGACGGUCGAGACACAAACCGCCAUGGAAGAAUGGACGAUUGGCAACAUUCGCUCCGCGCUGGAGACGGGCAAGUUGAAGAGUCCCGUUCCCGAGCAGGCAGAUCUUUAAAAUCACCAAGGUUGUACAUACAAUAUAGACACAUUAAUAAAGGUUCAAAUGGUG